AGAGAAGACGUGAGAAACAUGAGACGGCGGGUCACACCAUUGCAAAAGUGGUACUACAUGUGUGGGGGUGAAUGGGUAAGGGUGGGAAGUACAUGGGAGUGUUUCUCAAAAAUUCUGUAAGAGUGGGGCCCUGCGGCUUCUAGGAGACACAGUGGAAACCACCCUUAACCCCCAGUGUGAAUCAUAAGCCCAUCAUGAGGCCCGUCAUGAUUGCGGACCUGCCCAUCUCCAUUGCUAGGGGCUGAUGUGACUCUGGCCGGGCAGCUCUCCUUUCUGGGGCACAAGUUCCCCUUUUCCCCAAGACUGGCUGCCUAAGGCACUGGGAUCUUACGUUGUUUACGUGCUUUGUGAGAAGAGGAUAGAGUAAGGUGAGGGAGGGACUGAGCGUACGUCUUUUUAUUAUACCCGACUAAGGAAACCGAAAGAUGGAAAGGGUAUUCUGCCCGCUGUCUCGUUUCUGACAAUUUUUUUCUCCUCCCAGACUUGCACCACCGCCCAGACUUCAGACAGAACGCCACGCCCCCUCCCAAACCGCCAGCUCCGCCCUCCACCAAAUCUUCCCAGUCCAACCUCAAAACUGACGUACACAGCCGGGUGUAUCCUGAGCCCUCCCAGCAGUCCCAGCACAGUCGCUCUCUAGGGCUGCUCCGGGCUGUUCUGAGACUUCCGCCCUCCUACCUUCCCCCUGCCCUGUUCACUCACUAGCGCAGCGUAUGGUCCGCCAUGGGGUUGGAGUGAGCACGUUGCCGAUAGUAGCGCUUCUGGGGCUGCGAAGCCUCGGCUCCUGCGGCGAUCCCAGCCUCGGCUCCCGCCAUGAUCCCCAGUCCCGCGUUUCUCCACCGAACCCACGUGGAGACAAGGCCCAGGCGCAUGAAAAUGACGCAGCCAGGAAGUCAAACUGGACGAAGGAGGGCAACUCGGGGAGGCGGGGCUCAGUGCCACGGGGCAGCGGAGACAGCCGGCGGCCCCGCAACCUCAACCCCGCUCCGGAUCCGGGAUCCCAGCGCUGGCUGCGGCGUCCCGAACCCUUUGGGCCAGAUGGCGGACCCCGGUCCAGAUCCUGCAUCCGAGCCCGAAUCGGUGUUCCCACGGGAGGUCGGGCUCUUCGCUGACUCUUACUCGGAGAAGAGCCGCUUCUGUUUUUGUGGGCACGUGCUCAGCAUCACGCAGAACUUCGGAUCCCGCCUCGGGGUGGCAGCGCGCGUGUGGGAAGCGGCUCUGAGCCUGUGCAACUAUUUCGAAAGUCAAAAUGUGGAUUUCCGAGGCAAGAAAGUGAUCGAACUGGGCGCGGGGACGGGCAUCGUGGGGAUCUUGGCAGCGCUGCAGGGGGGGGAUGUUACCAUCACUGACCUACCCCUGGCCCUAGAACAGAUCCAGGGCAACGUCCAGGCCAAUGUGCCAGCUGGAGGCCGGGCCCAGGUCUGCGCCUUGUCCUGGGGGAUUAACCAGCAUGUCUUCCCUGGAGACUAUGACCUGGUGCUGGGGGCUGAUAUCGUGUAUCUGGAGCCCACCUUCCCACUGCUGCUGGGGACCCUCCAACACCUGUGCGGGGCCCAUGGCACCAUCUAUCUGGCCUCCAAGAUGAGAGAAGAGCAUGGGACAGAAAGCUUCUUUCAGCAACUCCUGCCCCAGCAUUUCCAACUGGAGCUGGCCCAGCGGGAUGAGGAUGAGAAUGUCAACAUCUAUAGGGCCAGGCACAGGGAACCAAGACCUGCUUGAUGUCAUCCUUCUGCUCCUUUGAACCCCUUGUCCUAAUGAAGAUACUGCAUGUCUCCAAAGCCAGAAACUUAAGAACCCAAAAGGAUGGAUUUCCCUUGCCUUUCUGUUUCCUCCUUCCUUCUUAGUUCCCCCAGAUACUCUUGGGCAGGUGCAAGGAGGUGCUUGCUUGCUAGGAAUCCUAGACCCCUAGCAACACUGGGUUACAGCACAAAGGAAGUUCCCAGCUCUUGUUUUCAGCAGAGGAAAAUGGGAGAGUAUCCAGAGUUUUUAGGGGAAGGGGAAGUAAAUGGGAUGUGAGAGUAGGGGCUGCAGAGAGACUGUCAUUGAUUACUUCCUCUCCCGCUGUUGUCUUUUUAUACAUAAUAGAUUUGGGUGUGUGUGUGUGUGGGGGGGUGCAGAUUCUACAGCAAUUUUUUUAAAAGGAAAAAAAACAUAAGCACUCAAGAUCUCUUCUGCAUCCAAGGAAGUCAGGCUUUUGUUGGGGGGCUGGGAAGGAAGAAGUCUCAGACCACCCAUUUCUUUCUUCAGGUCUGGUGGGACUCUAACUGGGUCAAGUUCUCCCAGGCCUGAAGCUGGGGCUAGGCAGCAGACCUGUCCUUUGGGCUGAACUUCAUCCUUUUUGGAGCUGGGGUCCUGAUCACUAAGUACUAGGUUCUUCUCUUUAAGUUUCCAAGCCCUUUCAGUCCUCCUUUCCUAGUGUGUGUUGCCUUCACCUCUUUUCUCUUCCCACUGUGGUACCUCUGGUUGGGGUUCUCCUUACUUCCGCCUUGGGCCACAUAUCACCUCCUCUGGACUCCUGGCCUUCAACACUUGCGAUCUUCCAAAAUCAGCUCUGAUUAGCUUCUGCUGCUGCCCACAGGAGUCAGAGUAAGCUCCUCUGCUGGGUACUCAGUCUGUCCUGUGUGAUCCCAAAUUACCCUCUACUUCAUUUCCUACUGGUUUCCAACAUGUAUUACAGCCUUGGGCCAAAUUACAAAAGGUCUACCCUUUGUUCCCUAAGUCCAUACCAAAAUUCCCUCACUUAUUUCUUCUUCUUCUUCUUCUCCUUCUCCUUCUUUUUAAAUGAUUCCCUCCCUGAAAGGGCUAUUUCUACCAGUUCAAAAUCUUCAUUACGCUUAGCCUAUUUCCUGAGCCUCCUGUUUGGAUGUGAUUUCUUUCUCCCUUGACACUCUUUAACUGUUCAUCUUAUGGGACUUAACUUGUCUUGUAUGGUCAUAUGUCUGCUCCCUAUUUUUUCAUCAUUAGAUUAUGGUUUACUUAUCUCUAAUUCCCUGAAGCCUAGCACAGUUCCUGGCACACUGUAGGUGUUCAGUAAAUAUUCUGUUCAUUCAACAAAUAUUUAUUGGGUUUAUAGGACGGACUACAGCCCUACCUCCUUAGGUAAUCUCUGGCAAAUUUCUGGAUUUACCCACCUACCUCACAAUUUUGUCUUGAAUCAUAAGUGGAUAAUGAAAAGCGCAUUUGAAAUAAACAAAGUGUUAACACA